AUGGCUACUGAAAAUGGUUUCUCCGCAGUAGAUCAUCGAGAUUCCAUACAAUCGGCAUCACUGAAUACCAUUGGAGAUGAGAAUUGGAUAUCGAAGCUUGAGACACCCCAAAUUACGUUGAGAGCCACAGUGGUUGGACUUUUCAUUGGUAGCAUUGUCCUCAUAUCGAAUUUUCAGUUUGGACUUCAAACUGGUUGGGUAUCGAUGAUGUCGUUACCUUCGGCCUUGCUAGGUUAUGUCUUAUUUGCUGUGUCUCCAUGGAAGCAAAGUUUCAGCGAUGUUGAGAAUGUGUACAUACAAAGCAUUGCUGUGGCCACCGGCACGGGGCCCUUGGCAUAUGGAUUAAUUGGUAUCGUUCCAGCCAUUGAAAAAUUUCUUAGUGCCGCCGAGACUGGAAUAGGCAAAACCAUCAAGUUGUCAGUUUCCCAACUCAUGGUAUGGUCGUUGGGAAUUGCUCUUUUUGGAGUGUUUUUCGCCAUUCCUUUGAGGAAGCAGGUGGUAGUUAAGGAAAAACUACCAUUUCCUUCUGGUAGCGCAACCGCAACACUCAUUUCAGUUCUUCAUAAAACCACAUUGAGAAGCGACGAAGAUCUGAUUACAGAAGAAACAACCUCAAAAAGCGACCCUACAUAUGACAACAGCUCCCGAUCUUUAUUCUGGACUUUCGUUGCAUCUUCAGCAUUCACCAUUGCUUCGUAUUUUAUUCCAAUUUUGAACAAUAUUCCAAUCUUUGGCCCCAUUGCAUCUCGUACUUAUAUGUGGAAUUUCAAGCCUUCUCCAGCGUAUAUUGGCCAGGGAAUUAUCAUGGGUCUUCCUACCGUCUCAUACAUGCUCUUUGGUGCCAUUUUAGGAUGGGCUAUCUUGUCUCCUUUUGCUAAACAUAAAGGCUGGGCUCCGGGUGACGUCGACGACUGGAUUGAAGGUGGACAAGGCUGGAUUUUGUGGAUUAGUUUAUCGGUGAUGAUUAGUGAUUCUAUCGUAUCUUUUGCGGUUGUUACUGUCAAGUCUUUGAAAAGUGGGAUCUCGUACAUGAAUACCAUUGCCAGGCAGGACCUAGAAGAGCAGCAGUCUCUUCUUAGUAACGGAGGUUCCGUUAGAUCUGAGCAAGACGUUGAUAGCAAAUUUCUCGUUAGCUCACGAACUGCUAUUAUUGGGGUGGUUUUUUCCUCCCUCUUGUGCAUCUUAUCUGUUCACCAUGUCUUUGGCACAACGGUUCCCGUCUACUCUACAGUGGUCGCAAUUAUUCUAGCAUUGUUCUUUUCCAUUUUAGGUGUUAGGGCUCUUGGGGAAACUGAUUUGAACCCCGUUAGUGGGAUUGGUAAACUCUCUCAGUUGAUCUUUGCAUUUGUGGUUCCAAAGGGCCACCCAGCACGGAUACUUAUCAACCUUAUAGCCGGUGGAAUAGCAGAAGCUGGUGCUCAGCAAGCUGGAGAUUUGAUGCAAGAUUUAAAAACGGGUCACCUUGUUGGAGCAUCUCCAAGAGCCCAGUUUAUUGCUCAAAUUAUUGGAACUUUGUAUUCCGUGGUUUUGAGCAGUGUCAUGUAUGGCAUUUACAACAAGGUUUAUGAAAUACCAAGUGACACUUAUAGAAUACCCACUGCUGUUGUAUGGGUUGAUUGUGCGAGAUUAGUUACCGGUGAGGGAUUACCUCCUAUGGCAUUUGAGUUUUCCAUCUUUUUCGGAGUCGUUUUCGGAUUUAUCUCGUUGGUGAAAAAUUUAUAUCCCAGAAAGCACAAGUGCCAAAAAGUUUUGGUUUACUUACCAAAUGGUGUGGCAGUUGGUAUUGGGAUCUACAACUCACCUAACUUUACUUUGGCGAGAUUUUUGGGAGGUGUUUUAGCUUACUGGUGGAUCCAGAAGCAUGGCAAACAAAACAAAAUUGCAAUGAUUAUAUUUAGUAGUGGUUUGAUCCUCGGGGAAGGACUAUUCAGUGGUUUCACCAUGCUAUUCACUAGCUUGGGAGUCCCUCAUUUUUAG